CUCCCAAGUGUGCGCCGGCAUGACGUCACACCGCAUGGCCGCGCAGGAGGACGUCAGUUACGUCACAGGGCGCCCGGUGAGAAGGAGCGCUACGCUGGACGGAGGAUGAGAAUGCGUUGACAUAGUGAGGAGACGUCUGGGCGUCACAUUCUGCAGAGAGAAGUUUUAGCUGGAACAGGCGCUUCUCUCCACACGGAGGAGACAGGAGCAGGGGAGGCAGAGAGAAGCCCCGCCCACAGCAUGUCCGGACACAGACUUCAGUCUAUGCAGCCCUUACUCAUGUAAGCAUAUAUUAGUGUGGUGUCCAUCUCUUCAGUGUAAGAACCAGAGCUGUGUGGAGAUUUCUGCAUAAGAUGACUGAUGCCCGGUGAGAAGGUGAACCCUCGUCAGCUGCACGAAAGGAACCACGAGACAGAUGACUGAUGCCCGGUGAGAAGGUGAACCCUCGUCAGCUGCACGAAAGGAACCACGAGACAGGAAUAAAGGGAGAUAUCCUUGAAGUAAUAAAGAUAAGCCUGGAGUGACAGAAUGGCAUGAAUCAGAAGUAUGUGUGCCUCUUCAGCAGAAGGUCACAAUAUGAGAUCCUGAGUAAGGGAGGCUUUGGGGACACUAUCUACAGUCCAUGAGAACCUGGGACGUGUGAGUUGCGCUGUAAGACUGUGAACUUGCUGCACGGUGACAUUCCUGGAAAAUGGGAAAUCAGAGAACUUUCAGCAACCUGGAAGUGACCCUUAUUGUGCUAAUAGUGUUGCUCUUCUGUGCUUCCAUAGGUUUUAUAACAAUGUUAUUCCUUCUGGAAAACACACUAAAACAAGAUAAUUCAGCCACAACAACCCUACCACCACAACAAACAACUGCAAAACCUUUUCAGACAACUGCAAAACUUUCUCCAACAACUGUAAAGCCUUUUCCAACAACUACAAAGCCCACUCCAACAACACCUGAUGCUAAUCCCCAUGCCUAUCUCAUCGGAGCAGGAAGAGCAGAUUGCACUGGCCUACUGGGAGAUAUCCCUUUGAUGGGCUAUGCUAGCAGUGAUCAACUGGCUGGAGGGCUACACACAAGACAAUACAGUCGAGCCUUUAUUGUAGCUCAGCCAGAUAAUUCCAAAAGAGUUGUGUUUGUAAGUGCUGACAUAGGAAUGGUCUCACAAAGGGUCAGACUGGAGGUCAUGGACAAACUGAAAAACAAAUAUGGAGAACUUUAUGGACAGGACAAUGUUAUAUUAAGUGGAACGCACACACAUUCUGGACCUGCUGGAUAUUUUCAGUACACCAUCUAUAGGUUGACAAGCAAGGGAUUUAGCCGAGAAGCCACUGAUGCCAUAGUAAAUGGUAUUGUUGAGAGCAUUCACAUAGCCCAUGCGAGUCUAAAAAGAGGACGCGUUUAUGUGAACAGAGGUAUUCUCGAGAACAGCCAUAUAAACAGAAGCCCCACUUCUUAUCUCCAGAACCCAGAAUCAGAGAGGGCCAGGUACUCUUCUAACACAGACAAAGACGUGGUGAUAAUGAAGAUGGUGGACAUGAAUGGGAAAGAUGUGGGGCUCGUCAGUUGGUUUGCGGUGCAUGCCGUCAGUAUGCCCAAUACUAAUCACCUGAUCAGCAGUGACAACUUGGGUUAUGCAUCUUACUUGUUUGAACAGGCGAAGAAUACAGGAUCCCUGCCAGGCGAGGGAUCAUUUGUUGCAGCUUUUGCAUCAUCAAACCUUGGAGAUGUCACACCAAAUACCAGAGGUCCUCACUGCACAAACACUGGUCUGUCUUGUGAAAACUCUACUAGCACCUGUCCAAUAGGAGGGGUCUCGACAUGUGUAGCAACUGGUCCUGGAGCGGACGUAUUCGAAAGCACAAAAAUAAUUGGAGGCCAGAUAUUCGAAAAAGCCAUGGAUUUGUAUAAUUCAACAACUAAAGAAAUGUUGGACACUGUGAACUUUGCUCACCAGUGGGUAGACAUGAGUAAUGUAACUGUGAAGCUUAACGACACUCACAAUGCAACAACUUGCAAACCUGCCCUGGGUUAUAGCUUUGCUGCUGGGACAAUCGAUGGUCCUGGAUUGAUCAAUUUCACCCAUGGAAUGACUGAGGCAGAUCCAUCCUGGGAAGCCUUAACCAAUGCCCUUCUUGGAGUUCCAUCAAAUGAAACUAAGGAAUGCCACCAGCCCAAACCCAUCCUGAUUAACACUGGAGAGAUCAAAGGCAGAAUCCCAUGGCAUCCAACAAUAGUAGAUGUUCAGAUGAUCACCAUUGGAUCGUUGGCUAUUCUUGCUGUUCCAGGAGAGUUUACGACCAUGUCUGGAAGAAGAUUAAGAGAAGCUGUGAAAAAGGAACUGGAUCCAUCAGAUACUAAAAACAUUGAUGUGGUUGUUUCUGGGCUUAGUAAUGUCUAUACACAUUACGUCACAACAUUUGAGGAAUAUCAGGCUCAGAGAUAUGAGGCCGCAUCCACUAUUUAUGGGCCCCACACACUUUCUGCUUACUUGCAGCUGUUCAGAGGCCUGGCCAAAGCAAUCGCAGAGGAUAAAGUAGCAGAACUGCCCAAAGGACCUCAGCCGCCAUUUUUUAAUGAAUCCGACUUCUCUAACUUGUUGCCUGCUGUUCGAGACACAGCACCUACCAACAAAACUUUUGGAAGUGUGCUGGUGGAUGUUCAGCCACAAUACUUACCAGGUGAAGUAGCUUCAGUCACUUUUGUUGCUGGGAACCCCAGAAGUUCUGUGACAUAUAUGAGUAAUGACACUUACCUAAAAGUAGAAAAGAGUGAAAAUGGAGCUUGGCGCACGGUUUAUAAUGAUGCCUCCUGGGAGACAAGGUAUUACUGGAUUAAAGGGACAGGAGGGCAAAGCAAUGCUACAAUUGAAUGGCACAUACCUUCAUCAGCUGCAUCUGGAAUCUACAGAAUUAGUCACUUCGGACACUAUAGACGAUUAAAUUCUGCUCCCAUACAAUCUUAUGAAGGAAGGUCUUCUCAGUUUGAGAUCAGAAGAUCUAUCAGAUGAUUUGUCACUAUUUUAGCAAUAAAGCUGCUUUGUGCAAAUGAUCCAAAUGAGCUGAACAGCCCUGUAACGCUAUAUCUAUUGUUACACAAAUAAAAUCACGAUCCCUUCUUAGACAGCUAUAGUAUUAGCUGUGGUGGGAGUCGGUAAUGUGUUUUUCAUCCCCUGUGUUGGUUUCUGCUAAUUCACAAUUUCUUUCUCUAUGCUUGCUGAGUGGUUGCGUUAUUCCUGUUUUUUUUAAGGGUCUAUUCACACCACACAAUUUCCGCCUGAAAUUAAUGUCCAUAGACUUCAAGCGGAAAUUCAGAAGUGUGAAUGGGAGUGCGGAAUCUCAUAGAAGACUACGGGCUUUAAUUUGAGGCGGAAUUCCGCAAGCGGAAAUUCUGCCACACUAAUAGACCCUAAGAGCUGUGCUGUGUGCCUAUAGAGCCUGAAUGUCUCCUAUUGGCAGCUCCUCCUCAGCUUUCCUGAUUUACUUAAACACAGCAGCUGCAUCCCCCUUUUCAUCCUCAUGUAAAUGAGAACUACUUACUGCAGAAAGGUGAGGAGGUUGUCACUUUCCCACUCUAAAAUAUAACCAGGGCCGGCUCUGCCUAUAGGCAAAAUAGGCAGCCACCUAGAGCGCCCUCUUGAUGGGAGCGCCACUCUGCCCACUGCAAUAAAAAAAGCCAGCAUAUGAAACACCCGUCCAUCUGAAGCACCUGCCCAUCAAGCUAAUCAUGCUGACCCCACCCGUACUAUAAUCAUCGGCUUUUUUCAGACUGCUGGAGGAGCGCGGCGCCACCUCCCGAGGCAGACAGGGGCAAUCACUAAGGUCAGGUCUGUCCAACAUCGCGCGUGCCUCCACACAUCGGGAGGAGCCAAUAGGCGGGGUCAAGGGGCGGCAAAAUUAGCUUUCGUUAGGGUGGCAUAAAUCUUUGCCCCAGGUCACCUGAAUAUAACCCAAGUUUCCUGUCUUCUCUAAUGCAUCAUUUGCAGAAAUUUAAGACACCAUCAUUAAUUAAAAUGUUUGAUGUUCACAAAUCUCUUGAUAUGGUAACAGAAGCUAUUGUAUUACUUUGGAUGUAUAAUGGUUGUUUUAGUAAGGUUCUGGUUACAUAAGUUACCCUUAAACAAUAUCUGAUUCCAUCAUAAAAAUGAAA